AUGACGUCCCAAGAACCUAUCAAAGUGCUGCUCAAAGGCAUGGCAGAUCUCCAAGAAAGUAGCGACCACUCUGAUUUGACCAUCACCUGCGGCUCUGAUGUGUACAAAGUCCACAAGGCUAUUGUUUGUUCUCAGUCUGAGUUCUUUCACCUCACUUGCCGUAACCACAACGAUCCCGAUGGCGACUUCAAGGAGGGCAAGACUGGCGUUGUGGAUAUCCCUGCUCGCAGCGACAUUGACGCGGAAGAUCUCAAGUAUGUCAAGCUCAUGAUCCACUUUCUAUACCACAUGGACUAUCUCGAGGUCGAAACUGCCAAGAUCGAAGCGGGUACAUCUCCAAGCGUCUCCAAAGACUACGCAAUCGGAGAGGGUAUCCUGAUCCAUCAUGCAAUGAUGUAUGCUAUGGGCGACAAAUACGGCAUCCCUGGACUCAAGAGCUUAGCACGCAGCAAGUUUCAGGAUACCUGGAAGCACACUGCCGCUGGACUUGUCAAGGCUAUCAAGAUAGCUUACACCAGCACUGUGGACUCAGACAAAGGCUUGCGUCAGGUCAUCGUCGAAAAUCUCUACAGCAAUGUACCGAACGGUCUCUCUACAUGGAUACAGAUGCCCGAACUGGAUGAGUGUAUCAAGGAUCUCCCUGAGCUGUCAUAUGCCCUGUUACACAAACAGCUUUCACUUCCGUACUGAAGAUGCGGGACGAGCGAUCGAUAAGCGACAGUUUCGAUUGCCUCUUUUCUCGGCUGAAGAUCAUAUCAGAGGAGUUUGACUCUAGUGGCAUCCUGGUUAGAGGCGGACUCAUGUCUGCCAGACGCG